CAGCCACGCGGACAGUUUCGAAAACAGGUGAGCUCUUUCCAUAGCCGCCUUUGGUGCGUAAAACGACGGUAUAGUUAUUUACACAUACAGAAAAGCAGAACGAUAGCGGGGGUAUCAGACAAUGUUGCAUUGCUGUGGUAUGUCGAAACUCAAACGAAACAACGCUGCCUGAAUGCUAUCAAACGAAACAGCGUUGCCUGAACGCCUAUAAUAGGCUACAUUCCGAGAAAAGGAUACCAAUAUUUUGCAGGCGAUUUCUCAGCCAAACGUGAAGAACAAACGGAGCUAUUUCGCCUACAAAAAUAAUAUUUUGGGAAAAAAAGGAACAUUUGCUAUCUACCUGGGAGUCUCGUGAGUGAAAACAUCCGAAGCUCAUCAAAGGUCCCGACCUUGUGAAGACAUAGUUGAAAUCACCAUGCAGCACAUGGAUGUCAACCAACAGUAACAUACAGUGAGGUGAAACUGAGGAGAAGAAGAUCAGUAUGGCAGUCUUUAAUAAGCUUGAUAAUGUGGAAGACCUCUAUGAGAUUGGAGAAGUACUUGGGAGUGGCCACUUUGGGCAGGUGCGGGAGGUGCGCGAGCGGGCCACGGGGGCUCGCUGGGCUGGGAAGUUCCUGAAGAUUAGGAAGUGCGCCAGCAGCCGGCUGGGCAUGGAGAGGAAGAGCGUGGAGCGGGAGGUGGAGGUCCUGCAGGCCCUGCAGCAUCCCAACAUCAUGGCCCUUAAGGAUGUGUUUGAGAGCCGGGCCGAGGUGGUGCUGGUGCUGGAGCUUAUUAGUGGAGGAGAGCUGUUUGACUUCAUUGCUGAGAAGGAGAACCUGACAGAGAGCGAAGCCAUCGAGUUCAUGAAGCAGAUACUUCUGGGUGUGGGCUUUAUGCACAGCAAACAAAUAGGCCAUUUUGACCUAAAGCCGGAAAACAUCAUGCUGUCAGCCAAGAUGGCCCCAAACACUGACAUUAAGAUCAUCGACUUUGGGCUGGCCCACCGCUUCCAGCCAGGGGAGGAGUACAAGUGCAUGAGUGGCACCCCCCAGUAUAUUCCCCCUGAAGUGAUCAACUACGAACCUCUGAGCACAGCUGUCGACAUGUGGAGCAUCGGAGUGAUCACCUACAUACUACUGAGUGGUAUGUCCCCGUUCCAAGGGGACAAGGACGAGGAGACGCUGAGGAACAUCAUAGCCCUGAACUAUAAGUUUGACGACCACCACUUCAGCAUGACCAGCGCCAUGGCCAAAGACUUCAUCCAGAAGCUCUUAGUGAAAGAUCAGAAUGAGAGAAUUACAGCUGAGGAGUGUCUACAGCACCCCUGGAUCAAGCCCCUGACACGGAAACAGGUGGCCAACAGGAAUCGCUCCUCCAUCAACAUGAAGAACUUUAAGAAGUUCAAUGCCAAGAGGAAAUGGAAGAUGUCAUAUAACAUGGUAUGGGUGUGCAACCGGCUGCAUCGACUGAAGAUGCUAUGUAAGACUAGUGCACUGGUGGACGAGGAACUGAGACAGUGUGAGAGUGACCAGGAGGACACGGAGACCAAGCCAUCAUCUCUCAUUCGCCGGCGACUCAGCAGCAGUUCAUAGACUCGACCAUCAGGUGGGAGUGCUGCAUCAAACUGCAGUGCAUACUUCCCGUAACAGUGACCCAACCAAGCCUACAGUAUUUGCCCUGCCCCUUUACCAGACCUCGAGGGAGGGUAAGACCAAGACACAGGCUGACACAAGCGCUGGGCACACAAGAAGGAAUUUUCAGGCUCUAUGUCCCUACAUGAGGCUUUUCCCUGAUGAAGUGGAAUGGAAUCUACAGAACAAUUGUUGCCUAUCAAACUAUUUCCCGAAAGGCCUGUCAAGGCUUAGUUUUAGGCUCAAUGCACUUCAGGUGGAUUGAAAGUGGUGGAGGUAGUUCUACUAAGAACACAAAUACAAGUGUGUGAUGGCUUCUGUGAGUGAGAAGUCAUAUAAUAAGGCUCUCGAUGGGGUAAAACACAAGAAAACCCAGCAUGACUUGUUUUUCGAGCUUUGCCCAGUAUUUCUGUGGUUUAUUGCAUGUUUUAUGGUGCUUUUGCAGUUGUAAAGGUCAACUGAUAGCAGGCGGUGACAAUAUUGUUCUUAUGGUGAAGUUACUGAUUUGGGGAUGUACAGUAUUGGAUUGCACCAUGUAGGGUGUUUAAACCUGAGGCAUAUCUGUAUAUCUAGUAUUUUUCCCCUAAAGGGUGGAAGGAAAUUGAACGGAAACCUCAGAAUUUAGUAGGUUUUAGUCUUCCAAAUGUGUUUUUGACUAUUUUACGAAGCUUCCAUUACAUUGCCAAAUAUGAAUAUAUUAUGUUAUAUACAGUAUAAUACAAUUAUACAAUAUAAUGCUAUACAAUAUCUAUAUCGUAGUGUCCUAAACAUGAUUACCAAGUGUUCUUGUAUUGUACAUGCAUGAUGGACAAAUGUUUCAAGAUAACUAACCAGUAUAAAAGGCACAGCAAAUCAACUUUUAACGGUUCUACUCAUAGAAAUAUGAUGAAGAAGGAAUUCCAGUUCUGUGUUUCUACUAAUUCAAUACUGACUUCCUGCAUACAGUGAAUACUCUGAACACUCCAUGCUCUACUGAACCAGUAGCAUUACUGACACGAUCAUACAGUAAUACCUGACAAAUAAUGUGACAUGUUGGUCGAUUAAUUGUAUUUUUGUGAGAACUGUUUUUGUUUUGUGUUUCUCAAAGAAGUUUCAGAAUUGACAUGUUUUAUUUUUUAUUUUAUCAUAACCUUUAUCAUAAUACCUAACGACUGUCCGUGUUAAGUGUGGUUCUUUUAAAUAAAAUAACGUUGUUGUCAA